GGAUCCUUCUGCAUAGCUCAAAAUCUUCAUAUUCAUUUGAAGAAAUAGUAAUAGCACCAAAAACACUUGUUCAUUCCAUAUAAUGAUAUAAUCAUUCACGUAUGCAUUUGUAUAUAUAUAUACAUACGUGCCCUAAACAUUCAAACCCAUAUUAGAGUUAACAUACGUCAACAUCUCCAAGAAAUGAAAAUGACAAAAAGGGGCAUCUCAAACAGAGUAAUCACAGUGGGUGUGUUUUUCUGCGUGAUCCUGUUGUUCCCCAAGUUUUCGGAGUGUUCCAGCCCGAGCGCGUUUCUCUACAGCGGGUGCACGCAGCAACUGUACACCCCAAACUCGCCGUACCAGUCGAACCUGGACUCGCUACUCACAUCGCUGGUCAACUCGGCCACGUACUCGUCUUAUAACAACUUCACGGUGGUGGGAUCCACGCAGCAGGACGCGAUGAGCGGCCUCUACCAGUGCCGCGGCGACCUCUCCAUGCCGGACUGCGCCGCCUGCGUGGCACGCGCCGUCACGCGCGCCGGCGAUAUCUGUCGUGGGACGUGCGGCGGCGCGGUGCAGCUCGACGGCUGCUUCGUGAAAUACGACAACGCGACGUUCCUCGGCGCACAGGACAAGACGGUUGUGCUGAAGCAGUGCGGGCCCUCGGUGGGGUACAACCCCGACGCCAUGGGGAGCCGCGACGCCGUGCUUGCCGGGCUCGCUGCCACUGGAGGGAACUUCAGGGUUGGCGGCUCCGGCGGAGUCCGCGGCAUGGCGCAGUGCACCGGAGACCUGAGCUACGGCGAGUGCCAGGACUGCGUGGCGGAGGCCAUCUCGCGGCUGAAGGGAGACUGCGGCACGGCGGAUUACGGGGAUAUGUUCUUGGGGAAGUGUUAUGCGCGAUACUCCACCGGCGGGGCCCACGGUGAGUCCAAGGCCCACGGCGAAUCGAGUCAUGGAGGUGUAAAGACAUUUGCUAUAAUUAUUGGAUCAUUAGCAGGAUUGGCUAUACUUAUCAUUUUCCUAGCUUUCAUGACCAAAAUAUGUGGAAAACAGGGUAAAUAAAUUUAAAUCCAGUU